UCGGAUUCGAUAGAAAAAAAAAAAAAUAUAUCUUAUGAUCUCCGUGGACAUUUUCAUUGUAUUUGCAGCGAUCGUCACAACUAUCAAUUCUAAUUUCCUCAAUAAUGUGUAUCGGUCCUCGAUCUCUCCAUUGAGCACAAAUUGGAUGACGGAUGAUGUCAUUGCCCCGAGAUACGGUGCGCAUCGCUGAUGCGCAGCUCUCAAGAUGGCCGUCACGUACAUCUGAUCGGAGGUGUGUGUGCGAAAUUCGACGCCGAUUUGACGUGAUAAAGGUUGAGCCAUGCACAGCGCCCCGCGUCGCUGGCAUGAUGAUCGCGCGUUAGUUAAUUAAUCGGCAUUGAUAUCGAUGUGGACCAUCCCCUGGGCGCCGUCGGGUCGAUGGUUGUUCCUGUCUUCGCGGCCGCCGGCGGCUCGCAUUGAACCAUGUUCAGCAAGAAACUUCAUGUUGACGUCAAAAAGUCGACGCUCAAGAUCCAGGAUGUCAAGAAGGAUAGCGCGACACGGUUCAAACAUCUCAAGAUUGUGCUAGAAAAUGUGGAUACUGAUGAGGCAAAGGGCUUUUUUGAGGGUAACUUCAGCCAUGUCUACUUCAUCCUGUACGAUUGUUUUGUAUCUGCUGAAGCAAAUCUUCGACAACGUGAGCUUUCCUUCCAUAUCGUGCAUAAGGCACACAGAGAAGAGUUAGAACAAGUAUUGCAGCUUCUGGAAAAAGUUUUAACUCUUCUUCCUGAGCUGCUCAACAGACGAUGGCAAUGUCAUAGUUUAGCACGGAUUCUGCAAAAGUUGUUGCAUCCUGGUAACAGUUGGAAACUUCGUAGACAAGCCAUAAGGUAUUUUAUUUUAUGGUAUCAAGCCCUUGGAGAAAAUGCUCCCGAACAUAUACAUCAAAUGUUUGCCAGCUUGGUGCCUGGAUUUCCGCCGCAUCAAGCGUCGCCUUACAAAUGCGAUCGUAAAACAGAGAACAAAAAAGAAAAACUCAUGAAAACAGCUAAUUCCGAAGAAAAAGACAAGAAAGAAUUCUAUGAUACGCAACUCGGACAGAGCACCUUUCAUGACAAUGGAUCAAAUCAAUGUCCUAUCAGUCAAGUUGAUGGCGGGCCUAUCUUACCACCGCAAAGUGGAGAAAAACCACUUGACAAUGAGACUGUUAGGUUUUUAGAAGCGUUGCUCGAAUUUAUGGUCACUCAGGUGGUGAAAAUAGAAUGGCGGGAUAAAUCUACGCGACAAUACAAAACUUUUCAAUUUUUAUUAGAACGCUUUAAAGCAACAUAUCUUCGUCACAUUUGUCCGGAAUUUGAUGACAACUUUUCACUGUAUAAACCUAAUCUGGAAUUACCUACAAUGCGAAAAUCGAUGAAUCAAAAUCAGAAUAAUUAUGUGCUCUGUAAAGUCGCUGUAAUCAAAUGGAUCGCAAGUUUCACACAUGUUGCUAAAAAGGAAGGAAUUUUUGCACAACUUUCGCAAAGUACAACACCAAAUGAGGAAAAUACUGAGUCAGAGUUACGCCGUGUGUCUGUUACUCAAAGUUCUACGGAUUCGAAUUUAUUGUCACCCGAAUCGACUAUAUCCCAGCAAGAUAGUCAAAGUCAGGAAGACAAUACUGUUUCGGCGAUCAUGUUAGUUAGAGAGGUUUUGUAUGGGAAUAGAGAUAAUGUAAACUUUGUACACGAAUUAUACAGACAGGCGUUUCUUCUGGAUUUUAAUCAUGCGGGAGCUAUAAGGAAAGCUAUUGCCGUUUAUAAAGAUUGGAUUCAAAUGAAUGAAAUUCCUCCGUUUAUGUUGGAACCAUUAGACGGUCAUAAGGAUCGAGAUUCGGAAGAAAGUCAGAGAAAGGAUGCCAUUGAAACGGAGAAGAGUCCUUCUGAAAGUUAUCGACAGACAAGAUUAAGAAACGACUCUUAUCUUGGCGCUAUACAUCGGGAGAAUUUAUUCAUUAGAGCAGGCUUGCAAAAUGUUUUGCAAAUUUUCAUUACUCAAGCAUCAAAUGUAUUUUUCUUAGAGAAUUCGGGACCUGCAUCUCCAACAUUACUUGAGGAACAAACGGACAGUUGUAAGAGAGUCUUAAAUGUGUAUCGAUACGUUGUUAUGCACUCUAGACUGGAACCAGCAACUUGGGAACAGUUGCUUAGAGUAUUACUCCAAAUUACAUCGCUCGUAUUGAGUGAGAAAUCAUCUCGUCGCAAACAUCAAGAAACUAUCGGCGGGAAACUUGCUCCUGCGAUAUUCCAGACUUUAAUUGUUACAUGGAUCAAGGCUAACUUAAACGUGGUUAUUUCUACUCAGUUGUGGGACCAGUUCCUAGAAGUGUUAACAUCGUUAACACAAUGGGAAGAGCUAAUUCGAGAGUGGGCGAAAACUCUGGACACGCUGACAAGAGUAUUGGCGCGUCAUGUAUACAACUUGGAUUUGAACGAUCUACCUUUAGAUAGACUUAGCGAACAAAAAUCAAAAAAGCGACGUGGAGUUGGAAGUCGCGCAGCAUCGACAGGAAGUGUACAGCCAGUUCGAAAAGAUAGUGUCGAUCAAGAGAAUAAUGUUAUGCCGAAAGAAAGCGUUACAGAUCAUCCGUUGCGCGAUAUGAGGAAAGUACGGCCGUUACCGCGCAGCGCGAGCGACAACACUAUAUACAGCGGCAAAACUCGUACAAAAUUGCAUAGACAACGCACGCAUACGAUACACAGUGGCAUUCCCGUACUCCCCCUAUCGAUAGAACAAGAUAUGGCGCGGUUACUGUCAAGCAAUUCAUCGUCGGCGACCAGUCGGAAAAUAUUAUCCAGCAGACGUGCCAAAUCUUUGGAUAGCAUUGUUAUAGUCGAUAGCGAACCACCGUCGCCACGAUGCCCAUCGCCGACACCCAGCAGUGGCGUCGACAGCAACAAAGAUAGCCCGAUACAGAUAGAAAAUAUUGAUGGUAGCAGUAUUGAUACAAACGAUGCAUCUGAGAGGAGAUCAGUUAUGGCAGGCGGAGGAGUACGUGGAUGGUUACCAGAUGUGGCUGUCGUUUUAUGGCGCCGUAUGCUAUCAGCACUGGGGGAUGUCAAUAAUAUUCAAGAUCCUGUUUUGCAUGGCCAAGUGAUGGAUUAUCUCGUGCAACUCACACAAACAUUGAUUAAGAUACGUUUAAAUCAAGGAGUAUCUGGAGAUAAUCAAGUAACACCUCCGGCACCAGAAUUGAUUCCACCAUUAACAGUCAUUGCACCUUGGUGCUUCAAGGCGAUUCAACUUCCUGAGAAAUACGAAAGUGGCAAAUUGGCCGCAUAUCGUCUUAUAUGUCUCUUAACUGUGCAACCAUUGGAUAUCAGUCUACCGAAACAGCAUCUUACGCUUUUCUAUCGCGCCGUUCAUAGUGGGAUUGCUAGUAAUGACAGUAAAGUACUACACGUACUCGUAAAGUACACAGGACCUAGAUUAUUUAGUCUGAAUCUACCUGGAUCGAGUCUCUUAAUUCUGGACUACAUACAUGCUGCUAAUGUGAUACUUAGCAGUCAAGACAUUGAGGCGCCAAGGACAGAAGCUGUUUCUAUUAUCGGUUCGUUGUUAUCCUUACCUGCUGCAAUAGUUAAACUACCCAUGUUACAACCGAAUGGACCUGACAUUGUAACUAUGACGUGUCCAGAAGCAAAAGAGCAUAUUGUAACAAUACUUUUGCGAAGUUGUCGACGAGAACCCACUGGAAUUGCGAGAUGCCUGGCUCUAUCAAGUAUUGCGAUAUUUGCAUAUAAAGAAUUGUCCUACAAAACACAACAUCCAAGAAUUCCAGAGGCUGUUACAGUCCUUCUUCUUGCACUUAGACAAAUGCAAGGAACGGAGCAUCGCAGAGCUGGUUUCUGUUUUCCUUUAAUGGAUCAGGCUUCACAUGUCACAGUUGCUCAGGUUGCAUGUGAUUCUCUUCUACUUCUUUGCGAUAAAGCCGAUGUGCUGUUAGAAUUGUAUCCUAAUGUGCCAUCUAAGAUAAUACAGAUCUUGUCGGACACACUAGGGCGAAUGACAACGCGAGAAAGACGUGGCUCACUGACAGUGUCGAUGCUAUUUUGCUUGGGUGAAUGGGCUAUGCAUUUAGGACCGACCGUAUUACUACAAGUGUUUCAAGGAAAACAUCUUCUAAUGACCUUAUUUACAGUGUUAAACAACAUAGUGCAAAAUAAAAUUGGAAAAGAAUUUAUAAAAACCGCUAAGAGUAAUCCAGAGGACGAUGAUGAUUUUGAUCCUAAUAUUACAUUGGAUAAUUUGGUCAACGUGCCUUCCUCGAAAUCACCUAACAAAGGAAAUAUUCAGUCUGUACAAUUGGCAGCAAAAAUGGUAAUGAUGCAUUUAAUCAAUCAUUUGGGACACUUUCCAAUGGGUAUUGGAGCCGCGCGUCUUUCGUCUUUGGUCGUCGAGCUGGACGACGUUCCUGGAAUCGAUGGAGACGAAUUGUCUUCUGCCAUUUUUCAAGCGCCUAAUAUACAGCUCUUGAUGCUUUCUAAUUCAAUCAUAAUGUCAUUAGUAGAAUUGGCGGCACUGGACGCACCUGGCGGAGGAGUUACAGCCGGUUUGACUACGGCUCCUUCUUUGGUCAGAGUUUUGUUGCGCGAUCUCGCUGGAAAAGCUUCCUGGGACAGUUCGAUCUUAUACAGCCAACCUUUUGUCGAGGAUGAUUUACCAUUGCCAUUUGCGAAGCCUGUUGAUUGGAACACGAAAUUACAUACGGACGAUUUGAACAGUGUCAUCACGCCUCACAAUUGUACACCCAGACAUACGAUACGACAUCGUGAGCCUCACAUAUUGCCGACUUUUGCGAACGCUGCGAGCGAUAUGGACAACUUGGAUGAUCUUCUUCAGUACAUAGGACACACGAGUCCAGAAGUUUUGACUAACCCGGAGAUUGCUCUUAAUGCUCCUGCUAAUCCACCCCAGGGACAUUAUCUUGAAAGCGAGACUAUCGCGACGAUUUUGAAUCAAAGAAAUGCCGAGCAAGAACACGUGAACAAUUGGAGUCAACACAUCAGUAUGAGUGCAUCGGCAGUUAGUCCACCAUCGUGCCGUCCGCCACCGGCGCCGUUUCAUCACUGCCGCCUUCUAUUUUCACAUCUAGGUCUGUCUGGUUGGGAGCUGCGCAAAAGAUUGCAUUUGCUGGCGAAAAAUGAGAAGCUCGUACGUGAACUCCGUAAUCUCGACAGCCAACGUUCCAGAGAGACGCACAAGAUAGCGGUCAUUUACGUCAGCCAGGGUCAGGAAGACAAAAACUCCAUACUAAGCAACGUCACUGCCAGUAAGGAGUAUGAGAGCUUUAUCGCGAGGCUCGCUUGGGAAGUUGAAUUAGAAUCGCACACGGGUUUCCUUGGCGGCCUGGUACCUGGGAAAGCAUCCGGUGUUACCGCACCAUAUUAUGCUACAUCAUUCACCGAAGUUCUGUUUCAUGUUGCUACGAGAAUGCCGUCGGAUAGUCCCGAGAGUUUAUUGCAAAAAACACGACAUCUUGGCAAUGAUGAAAUCCACAUAGUUUGGUCGGAACACUGGCGAGAUUAUCGUAGAGAUAUCAUACCCACAGAGUUCUGCGAUGUUUUGAUAGUCAUUUAUCCGCUACAAAAUAAGCUAUAUCGAAUACAGAUCUCGCGAAAAUCGGAAAUUCCGUUUUUCGGGCCUUUAUUCGACGAGUGCAUUGUGGAGGAUAAGGUAUUGCCAGGUUUAGUGAGAACGACCGCAUUAGCCGCGAGUAGAGCUAAACGGUCUACGCUUACAUUAUAUCAAAAUUAUUACGAAGAAAGAGCGCGAUCUAUCGAUACUGUUAUGAGAAAUCACAAAGAACCUACAACGUUCGAGGAGUUUGCGGCUAACGUUUAUUCACCGGUGCAACCGCCAAGCCCGUUCAGCGGAACUUCGUCUGUCUCUGGCUCUACAACAAGCGUGCAAUCCACAGCAUCAUCAAACCUCGCGGCAGCACUUAUUGAUUCGCACCAAGGACGUUCCGGUCUACGCAGCACUUCGACAGCUAGCAGUGACAAUCGUGCGAAUAGAGUUUCUGAUGGAAGCAGAGUGUGGUUUAGCAAUGACAUCCCCGAGAGCACUACGCUUCACGGAAUUUCACCAAGACCUGUAAAAAAGAUGUCCUUUAAAACUGGACCAAAGCAGAGAGCUAACACGCAGUCCACUCCACCAGAUAGUCCGAGAAAUAAAUAAAAGGUUUUUUUUUUAUUCAUAUCGGUAACAUUAUGCUCUGCACAACAGAUUCGGUGGACUUCGAGCGUUACACUCUAAAGGAACUUAUCGGGUAAAAAUUUAAAUAACGAAUAAUUAUACGAUAGGGUAUUCCACUGUUAGUAUUUCGUGCAUAACGUGAAUUAAAGAUAUAUAUAUAUAUAUAUAUAUAUAUAUAUAUAUAUAUAUAUAUAUGUAUAUAUAUAUCAACAAUGCCUGGCAAUUCGAUAACUUUUGCCACCUGAUUACAUAUUUUAUUCACAGUGGAGAUUGAAUUCGAUUAGCGUUUUCUGUUUUCCGUCCUUAGGUUUAAUUUUUACAUUAAAUGUACAGAUCGUUGUUUAUUUGUUGCAACGUGAAUAUUAAUUUAUUGGAAGUGAAUAUAUGAUAAAAUUAUUAAAUUGUAGGUAUACAACUAAGUAUACUUCUCAUAGAGAUUUAUCGAUGUCGAGAGACAGCUAUUUACAUUGUACAGCACUUUCUUGAAAAUUAAUUUAUCCUACUUCGAUAUAGCUUCAAUAGCUAGGAUAAUUCUCUGUCUGAAAGAAGGGAGGAAGGGGUGUAUUUAAAAUGUGUCUAUCUUAAAUUAAAAAUAAGUAUAGAAAUACUAACAUUGUCAGAAUGCUCUGCGAUACUGCUACAUGGCCUUGUAAUUAUCUUAUUUAUCACAAUAUACACAUAGAGAACAACUAUUUUAUUAUUAAUUGGCAAGAGAUAAAUGUAGGAGGACUUAUGAUUAAAAGUUAUUUGCGAUAAAGUUUGUUAGCUUAUACAGUCAUGUAGAACUAAUAUAAAUUUGAUAAUUGCUUUA